UGUGAUAAGCAUAGUUUUUUAGUCUACAUAUUUCUUGUGCGAAUAGUAUGUUGCGUAUCAUCAUAAAAUAGUGAAGUGCAAAAACUGAGAGAGAGAAAUAAAUAAAAGAAGACACGUCGAAUAUAUUCCUGAUAUCCCGAGAUCAGCAAUAGUAUCUAACACAAGUAUGAAGCUACUAGUCGUGUCUCUGAUCUUCGUGACGACAAUCUCUAUUACGAAAGCGCAGACCAGAUAUGCGACCAAACCAGGUUCAUGUCCACCUGCCUUACCUGUACGAUUCUGCGGACGAUCCUGCUACAUUGACGCACACUGCGAAGGAAUUGGUAAAUGUUGUCCGACUCAAUGCGGUGGUUCUAUCUGCUCCAUGCCCGUCACAAUGACAGGACCUACCGCUACAGAAAAACCAGGAUCUUGUCCAUCGACACCGACGGGAAGAUGGGUAUGCACAUCCACUUGCAGCAACGACAGUCAUUGCAAAGGAAACCUAAAAUGUUGCAAAAAUAGAUGUGGUGCCCGAGCUUGUCAAAAACCAGAGAUCGAAGUAGUGGAAUCCAUGGAAAUUCCGGUUAAUCCAAUUAUGUCGCGUUUCGGAAAUGAUUACAAUGAUUACUACCACUAAUCAAUUUUUGUAUUCCUUCUAAUAUUGUAUUCAUAAUAGUUAACAUAUCUAGAAUUUAGAGAGAGAACAUUGAUUUUUAUAUUGAGUUUAAUAAUCGUGUUAUAAUAAAAUAAUUUUAA